AUGAGAUUCAUCUCGCUUCUAAUCGUUCUCGCUUUAAUAAAACAAAUUUCAGCGGAAUGUUAUCAACCGGCGAAUUUGUUAAAAAGUUUAAGUCAAAUAAAACGAGUUGAAUGCGGAGCAUGGACAAUCGAAGAAAAGAUAAAUGAUGGGAACUCACCAAAGUUUAAUCAAGAAGGGACACCUUCCGACGAAUCGAUGUUUCAAGUGACGUUUACGUGUGCAUUAGUUGAUCAAGAUGAGUUAUGUAAAAAAGCAGAAAAUUCAUUUAUAAACGCCGGUAAAAUAAUUUCCAGCGUAUUAAAAUUAAAUACAAAAAUAAAAGUAAACGCUCAAUUCUUCAACUUUUGUAAAACACCACCAAAUUGUUCCAUACGAGAGACGAAAGUUAUUGGAGCGGCGGGACCAACAAAUUUUUAUUCACUAAUGGAUGAAGUUGACGGGUCAGAAAGAUUGUACCCACAAGCGUUGGUUAAACAAUUUAAUUUUCAAGAGCAUCCAAUGUAUGAAGAGUUUGACAUAUUAGCAAUGUUCAAUUCGAGAUUUACCUAUCAUUUUGAUGGUGAUGUAACGCCAAUGAAAGCAAAUGAUGUGGAUUUUACAUAUGUCAUAACUCAUGAAUUAUUUCAUGGAUUAGGAUUUUUGAGCUCUUGGUCACCCUUGAAUGAUCCAUCCGGUCAACCGUUGGGUCUAAUACCCGCAGUCGUUUCACUUGAUAGUGGCGCUGAUGGGCAUGUUAUUCCAAAAUUUGAUGAACCAAUAACCGUGAAAGAGUUCAUAUUUGAUAAAUUCAUGAUUCGAUUAGAUGAUGGGACUUUUAUUUCCAAUUAUACCAAAAAAAUUCAUGAUUUUUUUGUAGCAAAAAAAGAUGUAAUGGAGGUGAUGACUUAUGAACAAUUUGAAAAGACCCCUGAAUUUCGAUUAAUGCAGGAUAUGUUAAGAUUAUCAACGACUCCCAAAUCUUUAGGAUUCUUACCUCAUGACACCACCGAUUACAUCAAGGAUUCCGCAAUAUUAGAAACUUCUUAUGCAAAAUAUGAUGAAGGGUCCUCCGUAUCACAUCUAGACUUUGCGACGUAUUUUAACACGAGUGAUUUUAUGAUGAUGGCCAAGGCCAUUUCUGGUAAAACCCACGACGAAUUGAUCAAACGUAAUGAAAGUUAUACCGGUGGAAUGAUUGGUCCUAAAAUCAAAUCUAUUUUGGAGUCUAUGGGUUCCUCCAAUACGUUAGUAGCCAGUGUUGUCUUGGGACAUUGUUGGGAACACGAUCUGGACAUUGGUGGGAUAAUGUGGGACAUUCUCAAAAUGCUUGACAUUAUAAAUCAUUUCAUUGAAUCAUAA